AUGGAGAUGUCUGCCCAGAGGUUAAUUUCUAACAGAACUUCCCAGCAAUCUGCGUCUAAUUCUGAUUAUACCUGGGAAUAUGAGUAUUAUGAGAUUGGACCAGUUUCCUUUGAAGGACUGAAGGCUCAUAAAUAUUCCAUUGUGAUUGGAUUUUGGGUUGGACUUGCAGUCUUUGUGAUUUUCAUGUUUUUUGUGCUGACCUUGCUGACCAAGACAGGAGCCCCACACCAAGACAAUGCAGAGUCUUCAGAGAAGAGGUUCAGAAUGAACAGCUUUGUGUCAGACUUUGGAAGACCUCUGGAGCCAGAUAAGGUGUUUUCUUGCCAGGCCAACGAGGAGUCCAGGUCUCUCUUUCACUGCUACAUCAAUGAAGUAGAACACUUGGACAGGGCCAAAGCUUGUCACCAGAUCACAGCCAUCGACAGUGAUGUCCAACUCCAGGAAGCCAUCAGAAGCUGCAGGCGGCCAGAGGAGGAGCUGAACAGGCUCAUGGAGUUUGACAUCCCCAACUUCGUGAACACAGACCAGAAGUCCUCCUUUGGGGAAGAUGAUCUUCUGAUUUCUGAACCACCUAUUGUUCUAGAAAACAAGCCAGUUUCCCAGACCUUGCACAAAGACCUGGAUUAA